CCGCCCGCUGCUACGUCAUCACUACGCGUCCAAAACACAGGUCUACGGGCUUCACAUCUGGCACCCAGAAGAUCAAACUGAGCAUCCUCUCUAACAAGAAAGACCCAGGCAUUCCACUUGUAACCUGCAUGCUGUAAGGUCCAAGCUAUGUUGACAAAAACAGAGGAAAGGAAGCCCCAGAAAGGGGAAGGGAAGAAGAGGAAACAUCCUGGUGAAGAUGGAGAUGGAGGGGAAAGCAAGAGGAGGGGAGGUGAAGAAGGAAAAGGGGGUCAGGGAGACGGUGGCAGGAAGCGUCUGGACGCCCUGAGUGUGGGCUACUUCCGCCGAGUUGGGGAAAGACUCAGUGAAGGCUUUGAAGAUGACGAGGACAGAGAGAUGUUUGUGGAAAAUGUCCUGACAGAAGUGAAAGGUAAAGCAACGGUGGUGUCGAUGGACCAGACGGGAAGCAUCACCCUGCAGCGGCUGCUCCCUCUGUGCAGUCCUGACCAGGUGGCCACGGUGCUGGCUGAACUGGGUGGAGAAUUAGGGUCAGAGUUUAAAGCGGUUUCUUGUGAUCGGUGCGGCGGCCACGUAGUGGAGAGUGCAGUCAGACAGAUAUCCAGGUGCACAGAGGCGUCUGCUACUGCAGAAGAAGAAGAGGAGAGUUGUGGAGUGUUGGAGGCCCAGGUGUUGUCUUUAAGUAGGGCGGUGAGAGACAACAGCGAAGAGUUCAUCAAACAUGUCCAUGGCUCACACGUGGUCCGCACACUUUUACAUGUGCUGGCAGGCUGUCUCGGACCAGCCCGCACUGAGACUCGUCCAGGUACAAAAGAACCCCCAGUCGCUCCUCAACUGAAGAUUUUGAGAUUCCCCCCCCUUUUGGUACGGCGGGAAAAGUUAAAGAGACCUUUGGACAACUUUAAAUUAUUUUGUCUCUCCCAGGGCCAGUAUGUUCCAAUGGCCUGCUCCAGGUUGGGUAGUCGGGUGCUGGAAGCCAUAUGGAACAGUGCAACAGUCAGUCACAGGCAAAGCAUCGCACAGGAACUAGUGCUGAGUGAAAGCCAGCUGAGGUCGGAUCAGUUUGCUCGCCAUGUGUGGGCCAAAUUUGCCCUCUCCCACUUCACCCACAGAAGAGCUCACUGGCAGGAAAUACAGGCAGGCGAGUCCAAGAAGCGGAAGCUGUUCAGUGACAUCCUUGAGUAAAAA